GUUUCAUUGAGGCUUUUUUUUUUAAAAAAAGAACAUCCUGAUUAUUUGGAGUACCUGCGAGGACGAGGACACACACACACGCACACACACACACACACUCCUGACUGAUGCUCCUGCUGGAUGGACCGACUCCUCUCACAUCACCACCUCCUCCACCUCCAGCUGUGGGCAUAGAAGAUCGACCCGUUCGACCAGACAUGCAUUUCUACUAUGUGGGGGACCACACGUGGGCGACCAUGUUGGGUCAGAGUGUGCGGUUACAGCCGGUUCCCAUCCAGAGCCUGUCAGAGCUGGAGCGAGCCCGGUUACAGGAAGUCGCCUUGUACCACCUGGAAGAGAGGGACCUGGACUUCAAGAUCAGCAUCCCAAGAGAAAUACGCAAACGGAGAAAAUCUCUACGCAGGAAGUUUGACUCCUUUUCAAAGGAAAAGAAAGAGCGAGAGUCGAACCCCAUGGCGUUCGGCAUCCCCCUCUCCCAGGUCAUCGCCAACGACCGCGCCUACAAGCGGCGGCAGGACGCCCUGAAGGAGAGCCGGCGGGACUGUCUGGACCUGGAGGCCAGCAUCCUGCGCUUCAGGGCCGAGAAGAGGCAGUUCUUCAACGGGAACAAGCCGCUGGUCGGCUCCUCGUCCAUCACGGGAGGAGGUCCCGGCUCGCCGUCCGCGAACUCCGUGGCACCGGCGCCCGUUUUCGAGACCCAGAACAAACCGCUGUCGCCUACGUUUCUGGACAACACCGGCCGAGGACAGAGGAGGGGCGGUCUGUCCGUGGACUCCAUCUCCGACCUCGUGGAGAGUCAGUCCCGCCUGCUGGAGGCGCUGCAGCUCUCUCACCCGGCCGAGCUGGAGCUGAAGAAGUCGGCCGGCGGCGGCGGCGGCGGCUCGUCGGAGGGGAGGACCCAGACCAAGCUCAGCCUCAACCCCAUCUACAGGCAGGUGCCCCGGGUGCUGGAGAGGUGCUGCAGCCACAUCGAGACCCAAGGUCUUCAGACUGUGGGAAUUUUCCGAGUUGGCAGCUCCAAGAAGAGAGUGAGACAGCUGCGGGACGACUUCGACAUGGGGGUGGACGUCCAGCUGGAUGAGGAGCACAGCGUCCAUGACGUGGCGGCGCUCCUCAAAGAGUUUCUCAGAGACAUGCCUGAUCCUCUGCUGCCCAGAGAGCUCUACCCCGCCUUCCUGCACGCCAACCUGCUGAGGGGAGCAGACCAGCUUCAGUACCUGCAGCACCUCCUCUACGUGCUCCCUCCCUGUAACUGCGACACCCUGCUGCGCCUCCUCAGCCUGUUACACACCGUGCAGAGCUUCGCCCAGGACAGCGUAGGAACCAACGACGAGGAGAUCCCCGGCAACAAGAUGACGGCUGCCAACCUGGCGGUGAUCUUCGGGCCCAACCUGCUGCAGGGGGAGCGAGGAGGAGACGCGAGUCCUCACAUCUACGCCGUGGGCAUCGAGGACAGCACGGCCAUCAUCAACGUGACCCUGGUGCUCAUACAGAACUACAGGAGGCUCUUCACGGUCUCUGCAGAGCUGCAGCAGGAGGUCCUGAUGAGCCUGAUCCAGACGGACCCCGACAUCAUCGACUAUCUCCUCCGCAGGAAACUCAGCGGCAGUCACCUGACAGUGGACGGCGGCGGUGAGUCGGGGGGCCGUCGGGACACGGGGGCGUCUCUGGACUCCGUGGGAGCCUCCAGCGGGAGCUUGUCCCCGCUGGAGCCGCCGUCGCCGCUUUUCCCGCCCGACGGCAGCGGCGGCGAGGGCAGCCUGACCAGCGAGGUGUUCCUCAACGUGCUCAAGCUGAACCAGAACAGGAAGCGGCAGGAGAACAGAUACGGUGAGGUCCCUCCAGGUAAAUCCAUCCGCCACAUGCGUCAGUUCCACUCCCACCACAACCUGCUCAGCCUGGCCCAGCCCUCCUCGUCCUCCGCCUCCAGACUCCACGGUCAAGACCCCGACGGCCAGGACCGCAGGGGCACGCUGAGCUCUGCGCUGGGCUUCAGCCUGGGCGGCGUCGGCAGCUGCUCCAGCCUGAGCGGCUCCACCGAGAGCAGCAUCUGGGUGAGGCAGACGCCGCAGGAGGAGAGCAAGCCGUCGCCGGCCGCUAAUUUCUGGGACUUCUUCACCGGGAAAGGGUCGGGCUCGGAGACGAUGGUAUGAUGAAGGGCGAGAAGAGGAGGAACAUGAAGGGAAAGAGUGUGUGUGGGGUUUUUUUUGUUUUUUUUUGCUGUCCGAGAUCAAAAAUCCCCAGAAAAAUUGGUCAAAGAACGUCACGUUCAAAGAGACAACUGCUGGUUGGAAAAUCAGCAGCUGAGUCUCUUUCCUGGAUUAUAAACAUGUCUCAAUGAUUGAUGAAGAACGAUGAUGAAUCCUACAUUUCCUACGUGAACUUUAAGGCAGCAUCCUGUUGCAGAUUUUCCUAGUCGGAAGCUGGAAUUCCCCACUUUUCCUGCAGCUCUGGAACGCAGCAUGUUUAUCUGUGUCGUCCAAGCGCAAAGAAAACCAACAAAAGGAAAAGAAGAAGAAGAAAAUAGACAGUUCGGCUUCGUGUUGAUGAAGACUUUCACACUCUGUUUGCUCGGACAGACACAUCAGUCAAUGAGGAAGAAGAGACUAAACACAUGUACAGAUUAUCUGGAAGUGGAUGCAGUAAUAAUAAUUGUGAUGUACAUAAUGUGAUUUUACACACACAGCCCCCGUCUUCACUAACCGCAGCUGCAUGGACUCCACUAACGUCUUUACCUGUACUGAGACCAGACUCCCUUUGGUUUGUGCUGUUUUCCUGUAACCUGCAAUAAGCUACAUUCUCUCUGCAACUCAUUCACCAGCUGGCCAACAUUCAGCUGGAACAACAGUAAGAGGUCAAAACACCUGCAGACACCUGAGCGGAGGAGGGAUCGGAGGCAGAAAGUAGAUCGAUUUGGUGAUUUGCACUUUAAAAGACGUCGAGGCAUCAAGGUUUAAUCUGGCCUGAGUCUGGUUGAAAAUGUUGAAUUUUGUAAGUGCGGUCAACAUAACUGUUGUUCAAGCAGCAUUUAAAUGACUUUCAACAUGUAGUUCAGACCGGCUUCAUGAUGAAAUGUGUGUGUGAAACUUUCUAAUUCUUUAUAACUUAUAUAAAAACAGCACAAAGGCAAUAAUACAUAUAUAUAUGUGCAUAUGUGUACCAAGACGUCUUUUGAACUGCAAAUCACCAAAUGUGGCGCUCAGUGUGAAGCACGUCUGUGUGAUUUUAUUAUUAAUGCAUUUUUUAAAAUUCAUCUUUGGCGCCUCAGCAGGAAACAGUAGCUGUGUGGUCCAGUUCGGGGGUUGGAUCCUCUGAAGGAUGAAGGUUUCUUUAGACCAUCGGAGUGUCAGGCUGGACCUGCCUCCCCUCCCAGAGUUAGUCGAGGUUAAAAAUGAGUCGAGCUCAGUUGCUCUUUGUCAAGUUUCAUGAUGCCUGAUUUUAGCAGUGUGAGAUAAUGUUUCCAUGUUGCUUCUAUUUAUCUGUAGCUGCCCGUCAGUUAACAUGUCGGAGUUUAUUCCUACCUGUCGAGGAUCAGCUGAUUUUUCCUUCUUUUGGGAGCAGUUUCCAUCUUGUAAAUAGCAUCUGUGUCAGUAUCUGAGUCAUAAUAACAACGAGGGUUUUCCUUUUUUAAUGUAAGCCUCCCAUCAGCCACAGUCCUUUUGUUCAAUCCAAAUAAACCCACAUAUAAUAAAUAUA